AUGGAAAGAAGAAGAUUGUUUAUUAGAGGUGUUAAAAAGUUUGAUUUAUUUGCUUAACCCAUCUAACUUUUGGUAAACGAGAAAGAAUAUCAUCAAACAAUUUUUGGGUCGCUGCUCACGCUUGGAUUGUUAUUACUGUUCUCAAAUUUAUUAUACUCCAAAUUAAUUUCUCUAUUUGAUCACAGCAACCCAACUUCCUUAAGUUCAGAAAUUUAUCACUCCCAACCAGAGAUUUAUUAAUUAUUUCCGUAGAACUUUACGAUGACUUUUGCAUUUUAAAAUUCAACUUACCACACAUACAUAGAUGAUUCAAUAUAUGUGGUUAAAGCAUAACUAGUACAUAAAUAUGAAAAAAUAAUUAAUGGCAGCAAAAAGGAAGUGUGGGAAAAAUCAGAAUUGCCCUUAAUAGAAUGCAGUUCUGAUAUGAUUAAAUAAAAAGAUUUAAGCGAAUAUUUUUCGCAUCUUGAUUUACCCUCCAAUUACUGUAUUGAUUGGAACAAGAUAGAUAAAAUAAACCUUGAGGGGACAUUUGAUGCUCCUGUUUACUAAUAUGUUUUAAUCUAAUUUUAUAUUUGUACAGAGGAAACAAAAAAGGGCAAAUAAUGCCAAGAACAAUAAGAAAUUAAAAAAGCAUUAGAAUAAAACUAUUUCUCAUUCCAAAUAUCCUCAUACACUACUAACUUAAUGAAACCUAAUUCGCCUUACAAUCCAAAAGGUCAAGAUUUAUUUACAACUAUAUCAAGCAAUAUUUAUAAAGAAAUAUCCAUCUAUCUUGAACCGUUAACCACUGUUACUGAUGUUGGUCUCAUUGAAACUGACUUAGAGUACUACAAGACAUUGAGAUAUGGAAGACAUACUGAAAUGUUAGAUCUGAGUUCAAAUGAUCUAAUCAUGAAUGUUGUCAUCAGAUUGGAUACUACAGAGUAUGUAGAUUAUAGAACUUAUUCUAAGAUUUAAGAAAUCUUGGCUGAAUUAGGGGGGUUAUGGUAAGUCUUAUUCAGUUUCUUUUAUAUCAUUUCCAAACCUAUCAAUAAAAUUAGCAGAUAUCUCGAAUUAAUUAAUUCCUUAUUUGAAUUGAGUGACUCUGAAGAUGGCGAUGAUAACUAAUGUUACAAGCAAUAUUCUUUAUUUAGAUAAGGGUAAGAUGCAUCUCCAUUGUCAAUCUAAAUACCGAAAAUUAAUGAAAACCAACAAAAAGAUGGAUUCACAAAUAAAUUGAAUUAGGAAGAUCCUUAGGAAAGAAAAAGAACUUUGAUUAAACCUUAAAAAACUAUUCUUACCACAUACGCCGAAUAUUUGCAGAAAGUCAUCAUCAGGAAAAAGAAGAAACUAUAAUUUGGAUAUUUUGAAGCCUUUUAGAAACUUAAAUGCAUCGUCACAUAAGAUAAUGAUAGAAUUAAGUAGUUUCAUAUAGCCUAAAAAUAAAUUAUGGGUUAAUUGAACAUAGUAGAUAUUUUAAAGAAACUUAGGGAUGUUGAAAAGUUAAAAUAUAUCAUAUUUAAUGAAAACCAAAGAUUGUUGUUUGACAAUUUUCCUAACAUCUAGAAUCAGCAAAUUGAAGAUAAGCAUGAUGGGUUUGAACAGUAAAAUAAGCCUUCUGCCUAAGAUGCAAUUAUGUAAAUAAUUGGGGAUUAAAAUAAUGAAAUGAAUUAAAAACUCAUUGCCUCCUUAGAUUAGACUGUAAGCAAUUUAUUAAAAAAUUGCCAGCAUGAUCAUUCUGAAAAAUGA